AUGCAUGUUUAUACAGACAGUAAACUAAUUUUUUAUCCCUUGCAUUUAAAAUGUGUGAUAACUGGGGAAUCUUUUGUCUCUUGGUUGUGAUAAUUUAUGCUCAAAAAAGGAGGAAAAGAUUUAAUUGUUCAAAGUCAAAAAACAAACAAACAAACAAACCAGAUCAUUAUUGAGAUUAAUGUUCAAUUAACAACUGUAAAAUAUAUCCAUAAAUUAGUAAUUUUCAGUAUUUAUUGAUUAAUGUUUUUAUUUUUCCCAAUUUAUUUCCUCUUCUGAAUUGCAUUAAUAGAUCUUGAUCUUUCUUCCAACAAUUUUUAACAUUUAAAAGCUUGAAAAAAAGUGAUGCUAACAAAACAUGUAAACAAACAGGCUUUCAUAUUCAGAGCAGACUGUAGUUUGGACUGAUCUCAGGUCAGUUUCCUGGCACGCAGCAGACCGGUUUAUCAGCCCCAGAUUAGCAGUGCACGUCUCCUGGAGCCCGUAAACAUGAGCGAGGGUUAGUUUCAGACAGACAGACAGACGGUAUGGAGAAAGAUGCUUCUGGAGACUCUGAGAACGGCAGCAGUUUAUUUCACCAUCGGCUGAGGGCCAGGAGACGAACACAAGCCGACAGUCAGCCGAAGUUUCUGUUACACAGGCUGGUUGUUGCCGCUCGUCUCUCCUGCACACCGGAGGACAGGUCCACUGUAGCAGCUCACUAUGAGAAGCUGAAUAUGAGCAUUCAGAGGAGCCGUCCAGGGGAAGAGCUCACAGGUCUCCUUCUGCUUUACCCUCAACACACGCUGCUCGUCAUCGAGUGUUCAACGGAGGCUCUGCUGUCCGUCCUGCAGGAUCUGAGACACAUGGAGGAAAACCCUGACAGCAGUCUCAUCCUGCAUCCCAGAAUCCUCCUGGUUUCCCAUGAUCUUCCCUGCAGACUCUUCCCGCAGUGGUUCUGCAUGAUGCUGAGUGAGUCUGAGAGCCGGAGAACAGAAGCUUCAGAUGAGCAAAACCCAGAGAAACUGCUGAACCAGACCAUGAAGCAGCUGCUGCAGCUCGGCUGCCAUCUGUACAACACACAGCACAACACGGGAUCUACAAUGCUGACUCCUGACGAAGUGCUGAAGGACGUAUCAGAUGUUGUUCCUCCUGUGGCUGCAGUGUAUCGCCUGCUCCAAAUGGAGGCGCUGUUGAGUCCUGCGCGCUACAUCAGCACAUAUCACUCACCAAUACACCAACCGCUUGACUCCGUGUGUGUGUUGCUUCAGCUGAGCAUCUUGUUCUCUGUGAUCAUUGAAGGUCAUGUGUUCAGCAGUUUCCGGCCCUUCUCGGUGUAGCUUUGAAUGUAGAGGAGAAUCUGUGUGGCCUGCAGUGGAGCAUCUUCGCAUAAUUUGAAGAUUUUUACCACUAAAAAGUUUCAAUACUUCUUAUAUAAGCUGAUAAAUAUGAUGCACAGUGCACAUACUUUAAUGCAUUAAUGAUGUUAUGAAUUCACUUAUGAUCUCAAGAAUAAUUAUGACCACAUUUAUAAUUCUUAUCUAUUAAUUGUUACAUUUUUUUUUAAAUGACUUGAAAACAACUAAUGUGAGGUUUAAUCUGCAAACCUGAUCAUGCAUGUUCACUUUUGCUGUAAUUCUAAACAUUUAAUGUGCUGCAACAUUUGUUAUGAAUAGCUGACACUGCAUUUUAUGUACCGCUUUACCAACUAAAUCAACUUAUUUGACUUGG